GAACUAGCCGACAUCUGUCACAUUUUUCCUGGCACACUACACUACCCCUUGUCAAAUUUGAGAUUUGAUAAUUUGUGAAAAAAUUUAUUCUUCUUUUCUUGAAUAAAAAAAAAACUUAUUAAAUUCAAAAUGACUAACGCAUGGAGGGCUGCUGGUUUGACCUACAUCCAAUACUCGAACAUUUGUGCCAAAGUCCUUCGUCAAGGACUUAAAUCCGAACUCCGUGCUGAUGCUGCCAAGAGGGAAGUGAGUCACGUUAAAUUCAACCCAUGGGAAAAUGGCAAACCCAUCCAUGAAAAGUCUUAAUUAAGUCAAGCAAAUCAAUGCUGACGACAACAGAGUCGCAAGGCCCAGCCAGCUGAAUAAUUGAUUCGAUAAUCCAGUCACCAUCAAUAUAAAUUUAUAAUAAAUUGAAUGUUUUUUCCUCAAAUAAUAAACAAUGUAAAUUAAAAAGAAGAUAAAACACGA